GAGUGAGGCGGACUGGCGGCGGGCGAUGUGGCUGACAGUGUGUGGCAGGACGUCGGCGCGCCCGUGACCGCCCCCUAGCUGCUGCUCCUCGCCCUGCCCGUCGCUGCUCGAGGGCGUGUUCGUGCGUGCGUGUGCGUCGAUUCGUGCGAAAGGUGUCGUGUGGAUCUCCCUCUCUCUCUGGUUCUGGUCAUCUCCCGUUGCUUUGCCACACAGUUCUCAUCUCGCACACCUUCGCCUUUCUCUGCUUUACUCUUUCUCUCUCUCUCUCUCUCUCUCUCUCUCUCUCUCUCUCUCUCUCUCUCUCUCUCUCUCUCUCUCUCUCUCUCUCUCUCUCUCUCUCUCUCUCUCUCUCUCUCCUCUCUCUCUCUCUCCUCUCUCUCACACACCUUGGAGGAGCAGUAUCCUUCGGGAUCUGCUCGGGUAGAGACCCACAGUGCCAGCCCAGGGUGCCAACCCAGCGUAUACUCGUGCCCACAGAGUAAACAGUGAGUGACACAACCCCAUGUGAUCUCGCGUCUCCACGUCGCUCCUGUCAGAAAAUUCAGAAAAAAAAACUCUGACGUGUUUCGACGUGUUGUUUGAUCGCUCAGAAACGCGACCGCUCUAACACGUGCGCGGGUCGGUGCCUUAGGAAAAUGUCAUGCAAAUAACUGAUUUCGUUUUCAUGAUGUAGAAUCCUGUAGAAAUAGCAUAGGAUAGUGCAUGUGUAGUGUGAAAAAAAAGAGAAAGAAAAGGCACCUGUGACCCUUUGUUAGUGCUAGCUGCAUAGUGCCAUUGAGUGCCAGUGCCGUAGAGCGUCCGGAGAUCGACGCAGUGUCCCUGGCAUCCCCUCCGGACCCCAUGGCCGACCCGCACUCUCAGGUUCUCUCCAAAGAACCUAAGAAUGGUUCUACAGACACCAACUUGACGACGACGACUAAUGUACAAAAAAGAGAUAACCCAUCAUCCCCUUUGGCAGAGAUGAGUGGUCGUCGGUGUCGUGUAGUGUUCAGCUAUGCACCACAACACGAUGACGAGCUGCCGCUUUGCGUUGGCCAGACGAUCGAGGUGUUGCAAGAGGUGGAGGAGGGAUGGUGGAAAGGCGUGCUAGACGGACAGGUUGGUAUGUUCCCAUCAAAUUUUGUUGAAAGUCUUGAGGAGAGCGAAGGAGAUUCCAAACCGCCUGAGUCAAGCUCCCUUGAAAAUAUCAACAAUCAGCUCAACAUUAAUGGUGAAGAAAAAGAGAUUAAACCUAAGCCAAUCCAAGGGAUGGGGUAUGGGGUGAAGCUAACCGACCUCAAGAAAGACGUAGGGACAAAGAAGGACACUGAAGGACCCACCAGCAAUGGAUCGCCCAAGAUCCUAGGGUCUUCGGGAUCCUCAGCCUUCCAGCCUGUCAGCAAGAACAAAGAACCCCCUAAAGAAAAUGGUCAAGUAAAGGAUUUUAGAGAUCUACCUCACCGACUACCUCCUGCUCUUGAACCUAAAGGCGAUAAAAUCACCAGCAAAGUGGAUAAGACACGGAUCAAUUCUGCAGAUAAGGAGCGCAUCAAUUCCAUAGAAAAAGACCGUAUCACGAUAACCAUUGGAGAAGAAAAAAGCAAAGCUGAACCAGCAAGCAGAAGAGAUGACAGACUUCCUCUGCCCAGCACAUCACCACCACAGUUGUCACCACCUCAGCUACCUCCUAAACCUGUGCGGGAACUUGCCCGAGUCAUGUUCCCCUACACAGCUGAACACGAGGACGAGCUAGAGUUGAAAGAAGGAGACAUCAUCAUUAUUUUGUGCAAGGAGCUCGAGGAUAAGGGUUGGUGGCGGGGAGAACUGAAUGGCCAUGUUGGUGUCUUCCCAGAUAAUUUUGUAGAGCUUAUUUCCCCAGAAGAAACAGCUAAACCACCAAGACCGGAAAAACCAUCAACUGUUAUUGGCAAAAGGGGAUCACCUGCCAGUUCAACAGACACGACGCCAACGGGCACUCUAAACAAAGCAGAUAAGGAACCUCCCCCACCACUGCCUGAGAAGAAAGUCCAACCGCCACCACCCCCAGAAAAGAAGCCGCUGCCUCACCCGUCUUUGCAUGCGUCAGACACCCAUGACGGAAGUUGUUCCUCAAAGGACUCAUCAGAUCUAGUGAUGUCUAAAGGGUCCAAGAAGAAAUCUGAAGUCAGAGAAGACCUGAGCCUAACGCUGGACACAAAUGGAGAGCCCCUAAAGCACGUGACACACCUGAGGCCCAAAGGUCCCUCGCGGAGACGACCUCCAUCAGGGGUGUUCAAGGAAAAUAUGAAAAACAGCGCUGACUCUGAUACCCACCUCCCUCCCACACCUGAAGACGACCUUGAUAACGACUCAAGUCACCAGCUGAAUGGGCAUGUAAGCAACUCUGACCUUCCACGCAGCCCGAGUGUUCCUGCCAUCUCCCCAACCCCCCAGAAACCCACUAUGCGCUCAGAAGUUGCACCUCCUCAGGCUGACUCCGGAAGCACUGUCCCGUGGCUACAAGAGCUACAUUUGAAACAGAAGAAGAGACUCUCAGGUAUCAAUAUUGAUGCAGAAGCCUCAGCUGCUCCACCGCCUGUGAUCUCUCCAAAGCCAGCUGUCUUGUCUCACAAAAUGGAAGACAAGCCCAAGCCCCCUCGGCCAUCAUUGCCAAUGAGCGAAGCUAUCAAUUCCAGUGUCAAGAGACCUGUAGAGCCUCGCCUUCCCACACCUGACUAUGACAGCAAGGUCCCCAUCACGAAGAACAAGCCUCUGCCACAGACACCAUUAACGAGUGUGCAGCCAGAGAAGAGACUUGGCUUGGUCGCAGAUCAGCGAUCUUCAGGUCCAGCCACUGAGGCAAAGAAGACUAGCAGAGAGACUAAAAAGGGACACACUGCACCAAGUGCUGCUGAGGCUCCAAGCAAUUUAGAAGAGAAGAUUGAUGCUUUGUAUAAGGAUCUAAUACCAAAGAUAAAAUUAAUUGAAGAGCGCAUGGAGGAACAGAAGAAGGAACAUUCUCGGAAAAUGCAGAUGCUGAUGAGUGACCUAGAUGAGGAACGCAAGAAACGAGCUUGUAUGGAAGUGGAAAUUGAGCGAUUAAAAAAGCUUAUCAAUGCGUAUGCUCAAGUGUAAGAUUUAUUUCAAAUCCUGGUCAGAAAGGAUAAUGAUAGGUGUCUUUCAGGUUUAUGAAAUGUCAGCGUUGUAAGUUUUGCAGAACCAUGUAGAAAUUAAGAAUCUUUAAGCGUCCUUACCGGAAAGUGUGAGAUACUGUAUGAAGUACCAUGAGAGAUGUGACCUUCAUUGUGAUCCAAAGGUCUUCCUUAAAAGUCAGAUGGAUGUCCAGUAUCUCUGUCUUUUUUCUCUUUUUCUACUGUUGAUAUAGAAUAAAACCAGUAUACAGAGAGUUUGAGUUGUGUGUGUUGCAAGCAAGAUAUGAACAUUGUUUCAGCUAUAGAGGAUGAUUAAUGUGUGUUCAUAAACACGUAUUCAGUUAUGAAAAACAUUAAUAUCUGUUGAGAAAAGAAAUGGGUAACAUGUGGUAGGUUUUAGUAGUGUCUUCUGUGUAUAAUAUGUGAAGAAUGCAUGUGCUUUGAUAAGGGCAGGAUUUCUGUACGAAAGAGAAUGCAGUAGGGGAAAGUGAUGUCAGACUGUCAUUGAAUGAUUUUGAUAUAGAAAAAUACUGUAACAGUCCACUGAAGGGUAAUAUUUGUUAUACAAAUAUGACUGCUUUUCAACAUCACAUUUCUCACAUGGUGCCAAAAAUUACCAUGUGUUGGUGCUGUGUAGAACACAUCCUAAAGUAUUGAGGCUGAAACUGUGACAGAAAUUCCAGUUUAUAGACAAAAGAGAGAGAAAGGAAUGCAAAGAAUAUUUCAAGUGUAAGGGAAAUACAGCUUCAACUUUCAGAAGAUACACCUUUAUUUUACAGCAUAACCAAGACAAAACAAAGGUACCACCCAGAAGAAAAUAAUUUAUCAACUACAGCUUAGAUGACGCAAGCAUUUUUAAUUCAAGGGAUCACUAUUUAUCUUUUAUUCAUGAGUAUGUUUCUGUAUAUCUAUGUAUAUAAAAUAUGUGGAAUCAAAUGUGAUUUUGCAUAUGUAUCAUAACUAUGUGUAAGUGCAUAAAAUCAUACAUUGA